AUGAGCACUUUUGCGGAGCUCUUUCCCACGACGCCACCGGAACAGAGGCUCAAGACCUACGUCGACGCUUUUCCGUGGUUGGUCAAGGCGGAUGGCGAAGUUCUUGAUCCUCCAAGGUCGUACACGGAUCCCGCGAUCAAGAUGCUCUUCGAAAAGCCUUUGUGUUAUGUCUAUCAUCUGGUGAGCUCUUUCCCGUCUCUUCUCUUGAGCUGAGCCGAGCUCAGCGCCGCUUUCGUUCUGCUUGCAGGCCUUGGUAGGAAGAGGCUUCUGUAUGCGCAUUCGUCACCUUGAAAGCAAGAUUGAGGACGGCGGGCUGAGGCUCUUCUACGGCUUUUCGCAAAAGGAUACGGACAGCUGGACAGGCACUUCAGGCAUGACCUCUCCGGGCGUCAUCAAAGUAGUAGCGGAUCCCGAAGGGCCAGAGGCGUUCUACUUGUUGUCCUGGUUCAGAAUCGUAAGUUCUAUGCCAAGCUAAAGUUUUGCGCUUGUCGGCGUCAGCGCGAGCUGACAAGAUGUGUUGGGCGAUGGACAGAAAGUGAUGCGCGAGGGCAAAGAGCCACCGCAAGAGAAGCUCUUCGAUGACGCGCCCCCAACGCCGGAGCGUAUUGCUGUCAACAAUGUUCAGGGAUUCAAAGUCAGCUUUCAGGACAUUGUCAAUGAGCGCCAUCGACCUCCUCAUAUUCCUAAAGGCGAGCACUUCUACGAGCUUUUGAAGUUUAACUGCUUCGCACCGCCAGGAGCCGAUGUGGUGAGCGCAUAAAAGCGAAUGGGAUUCUUCAGACGAGCCGUCGUAUCUCACAUCGUGCUCUGAGUCCUGCGCUGCAGUUCCUGAAGAUGGAUGGCAAGUUUCGCAAAGUGAAAGAUGGCUACUUUUACGAGAAAGGCUAUCCGACCACAGUCGUAUUUGAGGAUCCCAACACGGCUCCAGUGACGUUUUCCAAGGGUCACAAUGUCGCUGCCAUGACGUAUUUGGUGCAAUCCACUGGAUCAAAGAGCGCGGAGAAAGAGGCGCCUCUAAGCAAAAGCGUGAGAGUGUGUGGUCAAGCUGGCGCACCCUUGGUGUUGAGUGGUGCUGAGACUCAACGCUUAGCCCUCCCCGACUUUGACCCAGAAAGAUAUAAAGCUGCCCAGCUGCUGUGCCGCCGGAAAGGCGUGUGCAGAGGCACAUCCGUCCACCGCUAGUGUCAGCUCCUCCUUGCAGAAUGCCGAAGCGGGACCCUCCUCGCAAAAGGUCAAAAAGUCUCGCAAAGGCAAGAGGAAGAUGCCUAGAAAGUAA